AUGACAAAUCUUAUUGAAACUCUUAUUUUAAUUACUACUUGGCUUAAUAUUAUUGUCAAUAUAUUCAUGUGUAUAUUGGGUAUCAUUAUCACUUGUUUAGCAAUUUAUGUCUUUACUAGACAUAGAUUUCCUAAUAGUAUAUCAACUGUUUAUUUAUUAGCUUGUUCAAUUGCUUGUUGUAUUCAGCUUAUUCAAACAUUUUUACCAUACUCACUUAGUAGUGGUGUUGAAGUUAUCACUAUUAAUUCCAAUAAUUAG